AUGCAUGGGACCAAGGCAGCAACUUCUGUUGUAGAAGAACAUGUCUCCCAGAUGAUGGGGUCAGAACAUGAGGAUGAAGAGUAUGCUGAUGUGGACUGGGACAACCUUGGAUUCAGUCUUGUACCAACAGAUUACAUGUUCGCCACCAGAAGCUGUAGAGAAGGAAACUUCGAACAAGGUUGCCUUAGCCGUUACGGCAACAUGGAGCUCAACCCUGCUGCUGGAAUUCUCAACUAUGGCCAGGCAAAGCUUUAA